CUUUUUUUUGGGUGGAAAUGAAGGGGUGGGUCUAUGGUACAUCACCUGAGUUGUGGGGUAAAUGUAGAGAGUGUCAAUCAAAGGCAGAGCUCAGAGCUGGGAAGAAAGCUCUAGAUGGCGGCUGUGCCUUGGAGAGCGCGUUGAGCCUCCCUUCCUUUUUCCACCCUCCGCCACUUUUGCGCAACUUUGCCCAACUUUUGGGCAGCCUCAAGAGGCUCCUGCGGCCCCUAGUCUCUCGCGGGGACCAGCGUAGAGGGGAUCGGGCGUUUUUCGGGCAGAAAAGCAGCUUUUGGGGGCUCUCUCGCCUUGUUGGAGAGAAGCAGCCGUGGAGGCAGCCCAGGUCGUUGUUUUUCCCAGCUUGGAAGCCAUGGCGUACCUCCAUUUUUGUGCGCUCUCCUAAUGAGCUUUUCCUCCGGAUCUUUUUUCUUACUCCUCUUUUUUGGCUUUAAUUAUUGCCUCUGGCGAUUUAACGAAUGCAGAUCGUUUGGGAUUAAACUCUUUAUUUAUUAUUUUUCAAAAGAAAUCCGGCUCCCCUCCCCCCCCCGCUCCGCCUGUAUUAACCUCCGAAAUAUUUUGGAGGUAAUGUUUUCCCACGACCCGAAACUAAUAUCGGGUUGGACCUGCCGCCGGUGCUUGGAUCAGUAAAUACCUGGGCACAGGACUUCAAAGCAAACACAGCCACCCCUCUACCUUUCCCUUAACUAUUUAAGAAUAAAAAGAUGAUGAGAAAUACGGAUAAAAGCCAAGGAGAGGAGGGUUCAGUCCACAGCAAUGUAUCGAGUCACUCAGCAUCUGAAGAGGCAUCGGGGUCCGACUCAGCCAGCCAGUCUGACAGUGAGCCAGGCAGCGACCAUUGGAGCGAAUCCAACAGCAGCUCGGAGACCUCUGAAAGCCAGUCUGAAUCUGAAAGCGAGUCGACGGGCUCGAAAUCUCAGCAGACGCCUCCAGAAGCCAAAGAGAAACCGGCUUCCAAGAAAGAAAGGAUAGCGGAUGUUAAAAAAAUGUGGGAAGAAUAUCCAGACGUUUAUGGGGUCAGGAGGUCGAACCGAAGCAGGCAGGAGCCCUCGCGCUUUAAUAUAAAUGAAGAGGGAAAUAGCGAGUCUGAGAGCGAGAGCCCCAAACGAAGAGGCCAAAAGCAAAUGAAAAGAAUAGAUAAAUGGAAGAGGGAGGGCUCUGGGGAUGAUGACGAAGAGGAAGAUGGAGAGGAAGAAGGCACCAGCGCAGAAAGUGAGCCAGAGCAGAAGAAAGUCAAAGCCAGGAGGCCUGUCCUGAGGAGAGCAGUGAGCAAAGCCAUUGUGAAGAAGGUCCACAAGCCCCAGCGUGGGAAGAGGAGGAGGAAAACCGAGUCGUCCGAGGAUGAAGACGAUGACGAAGAUGAUGAGGCACCCAAAAGGCAGACCCGGCGGAGAGCAGCAAAAAACGUCAGUUACAAGGAAGACGAUGACUUUGAGACGGACUCGGACGACUUGAUUGAGAUGACUGGAGAAGGGACCGAGGAACAGCAGGAUAACAGCGAGAUAAUUGAGAAAGUGAUAGACAGCAGGGUAGGCAAAAAAGGAGCCACUGGUGCUUCCACCACCGUCUACACGACGGAAGCGAACGGCAACCCUUGUGCCGACUUUGAUCCUGAGAAGGAAGAAGGGGAGGCCCAGUACCUGAUUAAGUGGAAAGGCUGGUCAUACAUCCACAGCACGUGGGAGAGUGAAGAUUCCUUGCAACAGCAGAAGGUGAAAGGCCUGAAGAAGCUGGAGAACUUCAAAAAGAAAGAGGAAGAAAUCAAGCAGUGGCUGGCAAAGGUGACCCCUGAAGAUGUUGAGUACUAUAACUGCCAGCAAGAACUGGCUUCGGAGUUGAACAAACAGUACCAGAUAGUGGAGAGAGUGAUAGCUGUGAAGACGAGCAAAUCGGCAGCGCCCGGAUCUGAAUUCCCAGCUCACAAUCGCAAAUCCUCCUCCAACGAUCCGGAAUACCUCUGUAAAUGGAUGGGACUUCCGUACGCAGAGUGCAGCUGGGAGGACGAGGCCUUGAUCAGCAAGAAAUUCCAGCACUGCAUCGACAGCUUCAACAGCAGGAACAACUCCAAAACCAUGCCUACCCGUGACUGCAAGGUGCUGAAGCAGAGGCCUCGGUUUGUUGCCUUGAAGAAACAGCCUUCCUACAUCGGAGGAGACAACCUGGAGCUUCGAGAUUACCAGCUGGAAGGCCUGAACUGGCUUGCUCACUCCUGGUGCAAGAGCAACAGCGUCAUCCUGGCUGACGAGAUGGGCCUGGGGAAGACCAUCCAGACCAUCUCUUUCCUCUCUUACCUCUUCUAUCAGCAUCAGCUGUACGGCCCCUUCUUGAUUGUGGUGCCCUUGUCGACGCUGACCUCGUGGCAGAGAGAGUUCGAGAUCUGGGCCCCGGAGAUCAACGUGGUUGUUUAUAUCGGAGAUCAGAUGAGCAGAAACGCUAUCCGUGAGUAUGAGUGGAUCCACGCUCAGACCAAACGGCUGAAGUUCAAUGUGCUCAUCACGACAUAUGAGAUUCUUCUGAAAGAUAAGACUGUUCUGGGGAGCAUUAACUGGGCCUUCCUUGGUGUGGACGAAGCGCAUCGCUUGAAGAAUGACGACUCCUUGCUGUACAAGACGCUGAUCGACUUCAAGUCUAACCACCGGCUGCUCAUCACUGGGACGCCCCUUCAGAAUUCUCUCAAAGAGCUUUGGUCUCUGCUGCAAUUUAUAAUGCCGGAGAAGUUUGAAUCCUGGGAAGAUUUUGAAGAGGAUCAUGGAAAAGGUCGAGAGAAUGGCUACCAGAGCCUCCACAAAGUCCUGGAGCCAUUCCUCCUGCGCCGGGUGAAGAAAGACGUGGAGAAGUCUCUCCCGGCAAAAGUGGAACAGAUCCUCCGUGUGGAGAUGUCUGCCUUGCAAAAGCAGUAUUACAAGUGGAUUUUAACGCGGAACUACAAAGCACUUUCCAAGGGAACCCGCGGGAGCACGUCUGGGUUCCUGAACAUCGUGAUGGAGCUGAAGAAGUGUUGCAACCACUGCUAUCUGAUCAAGGCUCCUGAGGAGAACGAAAGGGAGAACAGCCAAGAGAUGCUGCUGUCUUUAAUCAGGAGCAGCGGGAAGCUCAUCCUCUUGGACAAACUGCUGAGCAGGCUGCGCGAAAGGGGGAACCGAGUCCUCAUCUUCUCCCAGAUGGUCAGGAUGCUGGACAUCUUGGCAGAGUAUUUGGCCAUCAAGCACUAUCCUUUCCAGCGCCUGGACGGCUCAAUCAAAGGCGAGAUCCGAAAGCAGGCGCUGGAUCACUUCAACGCUGACGGCUCGGAGGACUUCUGCUUCUUGCUGUCCACGCGAGCUGGUGGACUGGGAAUUAACUUGGCGUCUGCUGACACGGUGGUUAUCUUUGACUCGGACUGGAACCCCCAGAAUGACUUGCAGGCCCAGGCUCGCGCUCACCGGAUAGGGCAGAAGAAACAGGUGAAUAUCUACCGCUUGGUGACAAAGGGGACAGUGGAAGAGGAGAUUAUCGAAAGAGCCAAAAAGAAGAUGGUGCUAGAUCAUCUUGUGAUCCAGCGUAUGGACACCACUGGCCGAACAGUCCUGGACAACAACUCUGGCAGAUCCAACUCGAACCCUUUCAACAAAGAGGAGCUGACAGCCAUUUUGAAGUUUGGUGCCGAAGAUCUCUUCAAGGAGGUGGAAGGGGAAGAGUCUGAGCCACAGGAAGUGGACAUUGAGGAGAUCUUGCGGCUGGCUGAAACGCGAGAGAAUGAAGUGUCCAGCAGCGCGACGGAUGAACUGCUGUCUCAGUUUAAGGUGGCAAACUUUACGACGAUGGAGGAAGAGGAAGCUGAGCUGGAGGAGAAGUCUCAGAAGGACUGGGACGAUAUCAUCCCCGAGGAGCAGAGGAAGAAAGUGGAGGAGGAGGAGCGUCAGAAGGAGCUGGAGGAGAUAUACAUGCUUCCCAGGAUCCGCAGCUCGGCUAAAAAGGCUCAGGCCAACGACAGCGAUUCGGACGUUGAGAUGAAGAGAAAGUUGCAGAGGUCGUCUGGCUCCGAGAGCGAGACGGAGGACUCGGAGGACGACAAGAGGCCCAAGCGCAGAGGGCGACCCCGGAGUGUCCGGAAGGACACAGUGGAAGGAUUCACCGACACGGAAAUCAGGAGGUUUAUCAAGGCCUAUAAAAAGUUUGGAGUUCCCCUGGAACGCCUGGAGUGCAUUGCCCGGGAUGCAGAGCUGGUAGACAAAUCGGUGGCUGACCUGAAGCGCCUGGGGGACCUUCUGCACAACAGUUGUGUUUCGGCAAUGCAAGAGCAUGAAGAGCACCUGAAGGAGCACCCUGCAGAAAGCAAAGGACCAGGAAAGAGGAGAGGUCCCACCAUUAAGAUUUCUGGUGUCCAGGUGAACGUAAAAGCCAUUAUUCAGCAUGAAGAAGAGUUUGCAAUGCUAUACCAGACUAUCCCGGCUGACCCGGAAGAGAGGGCAAGGUUCUGCCUGGCUUGCCGUGUCAAAGCGGCCCAUUUUGAUGUGGAUUGGGGUGUGGAGGAUGACUCUCGCUUGCUCCUAGGAAUAUACGAGCAUGGCUAUGGGAACUGGGAGCUCAUUAAAUCAGACCCGGAGCUGAAAUUAACUAACAAGAUCCUUCCUGUCGAGGCAGACAAGAAGCCCCAAGGGAAGCAGCUUCAAGCCCGGGUUGACUACUUGCUGAAACUUCUUAAGAAAGACAUGGAGAAAAAGGACGGUGUGAAAGAGCCAGAAGAGGCCAAGGUGAAGAAGAGGAAGCCCCGGGUAAAGAAAGAAAACAAGUCUCCCAAAGGCAGGGACGAGCAUGGGAACGAGCUGUCUUCUCCUCGGCAUUCGGACAACCAGUCGGAAGAAGGAGAGGUCAAGGAGGACGGAUUGGAUAAGAGUCCGUUGAAGAAAAAGCAGAAGAAAAAAGAAAACAAAGAGAACAAGGAAAAGCAGACGGCAAGCAGAAAAGAGAAGGAAGGGGAGAAAGAGAGGAAGAAAGCAAAGGAGAAAAAAGAGAAGGCCAAAGGCUGUGAGGGCAAAUCUGGAAGCAAAGGGAAGAGGUCACAGGGCCCCGUCCACAUCACAGCUGGCAGUGAGCCCAUCCCCAUUGGAGAAGAUGAAGAUGACGAUUUGGACCAGGAAACCUUCAGCGUAUGCAAAGAGCGGAUGAGGCCUGUCAAGAAGGCCUUGAAGCAGCUGGACAAGCCGGAGAAGGGGCUGACGGUACAGGAGCAACUGCAACACACCCGGAGCUGCCUGCUGAAGAUCGGAGACCGCAUCUCGGAGUGCCUGAAGGCUUACUCGGAGCAGGAGCUCAUCAAGCUCUGGAGGAGGAACUUGUGGAUAUUUGUGUCCAAGUUCACAGAAUUUGAUGCAAGGAAGUUGCACAAGUUAUACAAGAUGGCUCACAAGAAGCGGUCUCAGGAAGAAGAGCAAGAACAGAGGAAAAGGGAGGAGGCCAUGGCAGGCAAGAAGCUGUUUCGGCCAGAGGUGUCCGGAUCCAGCCGAGAUUGUGUGAUGUCUCAGAUACCGCACGGACCUCAUUCUCAAAAGUUCCACCAGCCUCCACCACAUCCUUCCCAAAUGCACGGACACCAGCGGGAGAACUACAACCACCCAAACAAGAGGCAUUUCAGUAACGCGGAUCGAGGUGACUGGCAGAGGGACCGCAAGUUCAGCUAUGGCGGCAGCGCCAACCAAAUGUGGGGUGGAGAGCGUCACCAUCAGUAUGAACCGCGUUGGCAUAAGGAACAGCACUACGGAGACCGCCGGUUGCGCAGCGAGCCUCGCGGCGAGCCUCGCAACUACCGCCUGAACAACCCGUCCCGCAAGCGGCCUUAUGAACUGUACAACAGUGACCGGGACCACCGGGGCCACAGGGACUAUUAUGACAGGCAUCACCACGAUUCCAAGCGGCGGCGAUCAGAUGAAUUCCGGUCUCCGAAUUACCACCAACAGGACUUCAGGAGGAUGUCUGACCACAGGCUUCCCAUGGGCUACCAUGGCCAAGGCCCCUCGGACCAUUACCGGCCUUUCCACCCGGACAAACCGUCCGAUUACAAACAGCUGCUCCCCCCUCCUCACUCCCAGCUCUCAGACCCCCGCUCCCCACCCUCCCAGAAAUCCCCACACGAUGCCAAGUCUCCUCUUGAUCACCGGUCGCCCCUGGACAGGCCUUUAGAACAGAAGAACAAUCCGGAUUAUAACUGGAGCAGCCGGAAGACAUAGAGGUUGGGGGAGGGGGACAGGAGAGGAGGGAGAACCUUCGCCUGAGGUAACUUCACCUGAGAUAAAACAGCACCUGCUGGUUCGACACGCCCAGAGCCAGAGACGCUGAACACGCUGGUUGGGCUCUGCUUUUGCAGACGGAUCAUAGGAGCCGAACAAGGUUGGGGGGACGUCUGGAUUUCCGCCCCAAUCUCUCCUCCCAUAAUCCUGCUGGACAAAUGUUUGGGGAGUUGACUUCCCUGCACCCCAGUGACCUGGAAGUGGGGGUGGGGGGCAAAGCCAGGCCCACCUCAGGUUUUUUGUUUUUCGUUUCUAUGUCUUGAGGCUGACUUGGACUCCCACAUACAUUUCACGGACAUUGGAUCGAUGGCUGCUCGGGGCACGGACAGAGGAGAGAGCCGAAUGGUUUUGGUGUGAAGAUUCAAGUUGUUGGCUGGGGAGUGGGAGAGGGGGCUGGGGCGUCGGAGAGGGAAUAUAAGCACCGGCCUGAGUGGGCUCUACCUGUUGAAUGGAGGGAAGUUUAGUGUAGGGGUUGAGGGAUGGGUGGGAGGAAUCGGUCCUGAGGAAGGUGAGAAGGCCUUUAAAGAACUGACCUUGAACAUCUGACUGCCGGUGUCAGAGACUUUCAUAUAUACACAUAGAGAGAGAGGGAGAUCCUCUCUUUUCAGUUUUUGAUGCCAAAAAAAAAGGGAAACACUUUGGCCCCCACAAACCCACGGUGUACUUUUCCCCCUUUCCUGAGUUGCAGUUCUCUCUUGCUGUCCUCAUUUCCCUGUCUUGGCAGUGCCGCGUUUACAGCGGACCAAAGGACGAUAACGGAGGAUUGGGAGGGAUGGAAGAGGCCACCCUCUGAGCUUGGAGAGGGGGGCUUUCUGGACAUGCCGAAUUUUUAAAAAAUGUGUCCCGCCCCAUUCAUUGAGUCCUUCAGAGAGGAGAGAGGAAGCACUGGUGGUGGUUCCAUGCGAGAAAACCUCGGCUCUCCCUGACAGAGGUUUCUGUGCGCCUGUUUUUCUGCUCUCAGUGAGAACUGAGAGUCUGGCUCUGUGCGCAGAAAGGAUCACCCAGCAGCAAAGGCAUUGAGCUUCAUGUUCUGGACAGCCCUGGCUUAUCUUUUAUUUAUUUUUAUUUUUUUUAAAAAAUAACAAAAUUUAUAUGCUGCUUGAUUGUGAGAGACCAUUAUGUGGUUGUUUGUUGAACAUCUGAAAAUGGCCGGGCCAGGGUUUCCUAUCCGAGGUGAAGGUUUUUAAUGAAAGCAACCCACCAGUUACCAUCUAGGGGAGUGGAAGAAUGCAGAGCCAUUCAACGUGAGGGAUCCACAGAGUGGGUGGGGACCGACCAGCCGCUGUUAGUCACGCAUGGCAGAAGUGGUCCAGAGAUGAAAGUCCCACUGAUUUGGUGGCCGCUAUAAAAAUUUCAAAAGCAUCAGCUGCAGAGGAUCCCCAUUGACAUUUGUGUAUGUUCACACAGGGUCCCAAAUUUGCUUUUUUUGGGGGGGGGUCCAGCUGUUGCUCUUGUAAAUGCACAAAGGGGGAGAGAAGCAGCCUGCUCUGAAACUCUCUGUUAACAAUUAGCUGUGUAUUAAUGGUAAAAACGUAGCCUUCAAGGGAUGUUCCUAAAUUCGCUGGUGUUAUACUCCCCAAAUUUAACCAAUAUAAGUUUAAUAAAUAAAAUGAAUAAAUGCAGGCAAUCAGCAGUAUGCAGUUUCUCAUUGAGGAGGUGUCAGGAAACAAUCUCGUCCAAAACUCCCCCCCCCAAAAAAAAAUGCAACAGCCACAGCCAUGUUUUGCUUGCUGGAUAGGCAGGUGUUGGAACGUUUGGUCAGGCGGUCACUGCCAGUUCAAUUCCAGAAGUGUUAAGUUUCUAAUUUGCCUGCAAGAAGGAAUGAAAAAACUUGGAAGUAUUUUUACCUAGGUUUGGAAGGGUUUGGUGUGUGUGUGUGUGUGUGAGAGAGAGAGAAUGAGAGAGAUUGUGUCAGAUGCCAUUUUUCUUCUGAUUUCACUAAGCUGUGAUGGUAGAAAAUACACUAUGGAAUUUCUUCAGGAGGUCCUUGCAUUUUCACAGAGGGUGGUGGCUUGAUAAAUGUGAAUUCCAAAUGCAUCUCCCCCACCCCGCUGGGAAGGAAGAAAGAGAGUUUUAUUAAUACUAUUAAUUAUUGUUAUUAAUUAGAAUGGUUAUUCCUAAAAUACUGCUGUAAUUAUGAAGUAUAUUCCUGUGCCAUAAAGUUGUAGCUAACGACCGGACUGGAAAAAGAGGUGCGAGUGUAUGUAUGUCUGCGAGCGGGUGUUUAAAUUUAAACACUCCAUCAUAAAAGUAUUACGAAGAAGUAACCUCAACCAAAAUCAGUGAGACUUGCUUCUGAAUGGCAUGCCUUGGAUUCUGUUGGAGGCAGGAGACAGGCUUCACGUGCUCGGGGUGGGGGGUUAUGCAUUCAAGAAUGAAUAUGAGGGGAGGGGAGCAGAAAGUUGGAACUGACUUUAAAAAACAGUUGCAUCUGUGGGGGUGCAUGGGUAGUUUAGCAGAUUCUGCAUGUUUACAAACUGGGAACAUCAGAUGGAGUGAUAUACACCCAGCAUUUCUCCUCUUAAUAACGCUGGGAAAAAUCUAGCAUUGAGAUUGGCAUUACAAGUGUGGGGUGGGGCAGCCCCAACUGUAAAUUUUUCAGCGGGUGGGUUGUAUCAUUACCUAGAAUGGCUGUUUCUGCAACACUCUCCCCACCCCCCAUGUUCCAGUCGCUAAAGUUUCUUUGCAGGCAGAAGCAUUAAUAAAACCCACAAGCAACAGUGUAUUCCCCAGAAACAGUGUUAACUGUUCACGCUAGAAUCCCCACUGUCUGCAGAGUGCCUGGACUAAAAAAGUAACGCUGGGCUUGGACCCAGUUUGGGUGAAUGAUUUGGGAAUGGGGAGGGGGAAGAAUCUUUCUGGGCUCCACUUCCACUGUCUGCAUAACAGCACUGGCUCGUCCAUUGCAUUUUCCCCAACAAUCCACCACUUUGGAAAGAUUGGUUUGCAAAGCCGUAGACUUAUUGGGGUGGGGGAGAAAGAAACAAAGCAAAUCCUGUUGACUAAAGGGGAAAAAAACACAGUUAUUAAUUUAUAUUGUGACAAAAAAAUUGCCACUGUCCUAGUGAUUUCUGAUGUAAAUAUGUUUGUUUAUAGAGUAUGUAUUAAAUUUUCCUACAUUGUAGGCUGUACUUUGGAUUCUUGUAUAUUAAAAUGUGACAUGGACAUUUUCACAAAUCUGAA